AUGGAGAAAGGGAGAAUAGAGCCAAAUGUUGUAAUCUACAACACAGUUAUCGAUGGUCUCUGCAAAUACAAACAUGUGAAUGAUGCAUGCAACCUAUUCAAUGAAAUGGAGAACAAAGGAAUUAGACCAAAUGUUGUUACUUACAGCUCCCUCAUUAAUUGCCUUUGUAAUUACGGAAGAUGGAGUGAUGCCUCUCGACUGCUGAGCGAUAUGAUCGAGAGGAGAAUCAACCCCGACGUAGUUACUUUCAGCGCAUUGAUCGAUGCGUUUGUGAAGGAGGGGAAACUUAUAGAGGCUGAGAAAUUGUACAAGGAGAUGAUCAAAAGGUCUAUAGAUCCUGAUAUUUUCACUUACAAUUCAUUGAUCAACGGGUUUUGUAUGCACGAUCGUCUAGAUGAGGCCAAACAGAUGUUUGAGUUCAUGGCUAGCAAGGAUUGUUACCCAAAUGUAGUGACAUAUACUACUCUCAUAAAGGGAUUUUGCAAGUCUACGAAGAUUGAAGAUGGUAUGGAACUCUUCCGGGAGAUGUCUCAAAAAGGAUUGGUUGGCGAUACAGUCACUUACAACACUCUUAUCCAGGGGUUAUUUCAAGCUGGAGAUUGUGAUAUGGCCCAAAAACUAUUCACUAAUAUGUUGCAUGAUGGGAGAUUGGACAAAAGCUUUUUGGAAAUGCUUUCUUAA